AAGCCAUCAGCCACCUCAACUUCCACCAGCAAAGCCCUGUGUGUAAGUCGUGUCUUUACUCUUGCUCGUGGUGUACCGUAAUGCUCCAGGAGGCCACUGUCAGUAAACAAGCCAAUGCUGAGACCUCGAGAUCUCCGUCCCCAAAAUCAGCUAGUAUAUCUGGGACCUUGUCUUAUUCAUCGCUAGAUGACUGGCCGCCAGUUUUCCUUGACGAAGUUGAUCUACGUAGCAAUUCAGACUAUCUCCAAGACCAUCAAGACCGAAUACUCCACAGAUCUGCUCCGUCUUCAGCUUCCAGCUCUCCAGCUCCUGAAUUACCGUCCAUAACGACUUUUGCUGAUAACUUCGGAUGGGAUCCAUCGCUCGGCUUGUCACAUUGGUGGCAAAUUGCAGGCCUCUUAUACAGGGCCGGGUCCUAUUAUAUGGGUGCGGCAGACUACGAGUCAGCCUUCGUGCUUCUCUCCCAGGCCGCCACUCUUCUGCUCGUGCUACUACCUUCUCAUCCAGAUUUUGGUGCGGGGUCGGCGGGUCAACAACUAGCCGGGAAAGUCGUACUGGAUCUCCUUGGGAGUUCCACGGCGCGGGUAAAGCCUCCUCUGAGCUGCCAGGGUACUUUCGGGUCCACUUCCGAAGGUCAAUAUCAUGUUCGCGCCAAAGAUUUGACCCCUUGGAUGACUUGGAACUGGAAACUCAAAUGCCGGUUGGUAAAGAAGAAUGAUAUUAUCGUGUCCGACGAUGAUAAGAGUGUUUCGUUCCGGGUCACCUUUGAAGACGAAUCCGGCUCAAUAGAUGGAGUAGCAUUCAACAGUGUGGUGGACAGACUGUUUUUCCUCCUCGAGGAAGGAGAGGAAUAUUUCAUCUCUAGAGGUCAAGUUCGGUAUGCUGAUUCCCAAGGAACUGCAACCUAUGAACUUGUCAUAGAUAAAUACACGGAGAUUGAAGAGGGCUCUGAUAACAAAAAAGUGGACUUGAAACCUACUCAAUUUGCGCUAGGCUCUCGCCGCUUCAAAUCGGAGUCCAGCAGCGUCAAUCCUCGUGGCGAAGGGAUCUGGUAUCGCUUUGACUUGAUACAUACCAUCUUUACAGAUGUUCCCGCAGAUGUACUUGAUCUUGGGCCACAACAAUCACAGAACGAACACCCAGAAGCCAUUGCUAGAUGCAUGUUCUACUCGGCUUGGGGAUCAAUUAGUGUGUUCAACCGGGAUCCUUUCGAAAGUGUACUUGCUGCUGGUAGAGAAGUGGUCCAGUUUGUCAUGGGAAUAAUCCAGAUAGCACUCGAUAGUUUCGGAUCUUCGCCAAGCAUCCAACAAAUGAAGGGUCCAAGAAAUCGUUACAUGGCGCUUAGACGAUACCUCAUUAAACUUUCUCGCACGUCUGGAUACAUUCCUGCAUCCUUGUUCAUACGUGGCGUGAAUGAUGUCGAGUUGCAGUCACUCAGUCACGGGGGUUACUCUGAUGUAUUCUGUGCUAAGUGGCAGACGCAAAAGGUAGCUCUCAAGCGUCUUCGGAUUUUCUCAUCUUUCGACCAGCAUGAUACAUCCGACACUAUCGACGCCUUCUAUCGUGAAGCUAUCGUCUGGCGACAGCUCCGACAUCCAAACAUACUCCCGCUGCUGGGCAUCGAUGAUCAAACCUUCCAAUGGUAUAGCCCUUGCAUGGUUUCCCCCUUGUGUUCCAAGGGCGACGUCGUAACCGCCAUGCGGGAUUUCGAACCCCAAGUUGCUCUGGGGAUAGUCGACACAUGGCUCCUUCAGAUUGCAAAAGGUCUGGAAUACCUUCAUGAUCAAGGAAUUGUGCAUGGGGAUGUUCGUGGUGGUAACAUUUUUGUCAACGACGACCUGCGAAUUCAACUUGCUGAUUUCGGACUGUCAACGGUUGACGGUUCUACAACACUGACAUUAGGUUCUCACCCGGGAGGAACAGCUAGAUGGAUGGCUCCUGAGCUACUGAAAGGUGAUAUAUCGAGACCGAACUACAUGGCCGAUGUUUACUCUUAUGGGUGCACUUGCAUUGAGCUCUACACCCGCCAGCGACCGUUUCCUAAGAUUGCCUUGGAUGUGCAAGUUACUUUUAAGGUGAUAUACGGCGCGCGCCCUGAGCGACCCGACGAGUCCUCUUGGAAGACUAUGGCGGAUGAACUUUGGAAGCUAGUGGAGAGCUGCUGGGGCGACGAACGUCCUAGCAUGUCAGACAUUAAUACCGAGAGUCUGGAACCUCAAAUACUGCUCCUUUGCUCUGUCCUUUCAACUUCAGUCUAUCCGUGUCCAAUUCUGCUGCAUUCUUACGAACAAAUAUGCCCCAAGCGUGCAGAUCCCUUUGACUGGAGGCUCAUACCGGGUAAUCUUUGUGCUCCAUCUGGGCUGCUUGUUUCCGCAUCUACAUAUUGGAACUGUCAUACAAGUCGUCAUGUCGCCGACGCGGAGUCAUCGUUAGUUCAACAUUGAUAUUGAGUUUUGACAAUUC